UAUCCCUUUUUUCUCGGCGUCUUAUGUGCCCGAGCGCAGUCGUGAUAACUCAGUCCCCUAGCAGUCCGCAGAACACAUCAACAUGAUAUUGGAAUUAUUAAUAUUUGUGAUAACAGUGCUUGUUGCAUACUAUUUCUAUAGCAGUUGGAAAAUAAACAAUUACUUCAAACAAAGAGAUGUGAAGUAUAUCCCCGGUGUGCCGUUUUUUGGAAAUAUAUUUUAUUCUACUUUUUUGAUUAGGCAUUUUGUGGACGACCUUCAAAGUGUUUACGAUGCUUUCCCUGAUGAGAAAUACGUCGGCUUCUUGGAGAACCUGGCACCGGUUAUGUUGAUAAAGGACCCAGAACUGAUCAAGUCUAUCACUAUCAAGGACUUUGACCAUUUCACUGAUCACAAGGAGUUCUUCACGACAGACUCUGACCCUUUGUUCGCUGGCAGCUUGCUGAUGAUGAAAGGUGAUAAAUGGCGUCAAAUGAGAACAACUUUAAGCCCAGCGUUCACAGGGUCCAAAAUGAAAAUGAUGCUGCCUCUGAUCGUAGACAGCGCUGACAAUAUUGUCGAGUAUUUGAAUGAUCACCAGACUGAAGACGUUGAUGUUGACGAUCUGAUGCGUCGGUACACGAGUGACGUCAUAGCGACUGCAGCUUUUGGCCUCAAGGUCAACUCUUUGAAAGACAGAGAUAAUGAAUUCUACAGGGUGGGAAGCUCUCUGUUUGAAUUCACGCUUACACAGAGGCUAUUGAUGUUUAGCACUCUUUUACCUUCACUCUCAAAGAAACUGGGAACUCGUCUAUUUCCCGAGACGACGUACAAUUUCUUCAGGACAAUUGUCUCAUCUACCUUGGAAUAUAGGAAGAGGGAGAAAGUAGAGAGACCUGAUAUGAUUCAACUCCUUAUGGAAACUCCAAUAGAAUGGACUCCAGAUGAACUGACAGGCCAAGUGUUCAUAUUCUUUGCUGCUGGCUUCGAAACAUCUGCCAGUGGGCUAACCAUGGCUAUCCAUGAGCUAGCAUUGCACCCUGAUAUCCAAGAGCGAUUGUACCAGGAGAGCAGCAAGUUUAAGAACGACAAAGAGCUUACAUUUGACAAACUCAGCCAACUGAAGUACUUGGAAUGUGUGAUUAAUGAAACUCUGAGGAUAUGGUCCCCCGCUAUCUUCAUGGAUAGAACCUGUGUAAAAGCGUAUGAACUGCCUCCACCCAGAGAGGGCGGAAAACCAUGCAUUGUUAAACCAGGUGAAGUGGUUUACAACAUGGUGAACUGUCUCCACAUGGAUCCGAAAUACUUCCCUGAACCCAAAGUCUUCAACCCUGACAGGUUCUCCGAUGAGAACAAGCAUAACAUCCAACCUUGUACCUUCGCACCGUUUGGUGGAGGUCCAAGGAUUUGUAUCGGCGUAAGAUUUGCUAUGAUGGAGAUCAAGGUUCUACUGCAUCAUAUCAUAUUGAACUUCAAGAUUGUGAAAACGAAGAAAACCGCGGAUCCUAUUAAACUGAAGCCUCAUGUGUUUAACAUUAGGACGAUGACCGGUACGUGGGUUAGGUUCGAGAAAAGACAAUAGUUUCUUCACAACAUAUUCGAAAGAGAUUUUUGUAAAACAUAUAUUUUUUGUAACGUUAAAUACAAUCCCUGGCCACAUUAUAAAAAGCACCAAUUUUUUUUUGUCGUUAAUUAUUUACAUGUUUAGAUUUUUUAUUAGAGAGGUGUAGCGUGAUGUUUUAUAUCUCAUACAAAAAUAAUUUCUGACUGGAACCAGUACUUUCGAAGAUAGGCGCGUUAAAACAAAGUCUUUAUUUUUAUGUGUAGUAAAGUAGGAAAGAUAUAGGAGAUAAUUAAUACUGUUAUUAUUUUUAUUUUUAAAUAAAUACGAACUCAAAAAAUGUCCUUAAUAAAUAUACACUGAUAUGUUUAAACAAUAAACAAGAGUGCGUCUAAUAAUAUGUGGCCAGGGACUAUAUUUUAAGUUCUUUAUUAAAUAAUGGGCAUGAUAACUGCGUAUUUUUUAAUAAUAAAUGUAAGUUUCCAAGAUUACAAAGAAUGCAAAUUUACGUAAGCAUGUUUAUGUUUUAAGUUGCAAAAUAAGAUUAAAAUAAAAUAUGAUUGUAUAAUAAGGUUAGAAUAAUAUUAUAAUUGAUAAAAAUAAGUUAUAACUUAACUAAUUAGAAAGGUUAGAGUUAGUAUAAUAUGUAUGUGAUUAAAAUAUUAUUUUGUUUAAAGGAUAAUGAAAUAAAUGUAGUUGCAAUGUAAA